GGCAGCGAUUCGUUGAACGCAAACCCUAGCAAGGAAUCGACAUUUAUCUAAGCAUAACGUCAUUAAGUGUAUUUAUGAAGCGUUCUGUGUAUUUUACAGUUCGAUAAAUUAACGAAGAUGUAUUUCCAGUGGCAAAUAAGUGGAGGGAAAAUAUGGCAGUACUUUGAAAUAAAAAAAUAAAAAAGAUAAUACUCCGAUAGCUGCCCUUCUGAUCUUCCAUAGCGUACGCUGUGUCGUCUGCUUACGAGUGACAGUCAGCUGUCAAAAAUGUCAUCAUGUUGACGUGACGUGCGUUAGUGCUUGUGUGAAUGUCAUGAGUGAUUGUGGAAACCGGUUGAAUCAAGUAUUGUUGGUAGCUUCUCUUUUUAUAAGCAGUACUUCCGUAUCUAGUAAUAGGGGUCAGAAUGCUUGGUGUCCUGUUAUGGAAUCUGUUUAUGUUUCUGGCUGGAGCUGUGGCUGUGUUGCUCUCAGCAUGGUGGUGGAUCACAACCCAAGAAAGCUCUAACUCAGAGCAAGAACGACCAACCGUCACCAGCACCUGCUUACCCAAUGUCCUGAUAGAUAAGCUGAAGCAAGGACUUCACAGAAGGGAGACUUGCUUCGCACUCAACUUGGUGCUUCAGUUCUUUUUUCAAGAAAAGCGAUAUGAAGCGGGAAUCAUACGAUGGCUUACAAAUAUGUUAACUUUGGAAUUCAAUGAACUUUUGAGACAUAAGACGCUAUCAAAGUUUAUCCAUAAUAUGCAGAUUCGAGACUUGAACUUAGGAACUAAUUUCCCUGUGAUCCGAGCUGUUACGGCAAAGCAUGUGAACCUCAAUCCUGAUACGUCUAAUUUGGAGCAGAUAGAUAUCUUAGUUGAACUAGAAUACAAUGGUGGAAUACAGUUAGCAGUUGAUGCUUCCUCCAGAUUCUCUAAGUCUGCCAUGGUCAAGAUAAAAGUCGUUCAACUCUCGGGUAAUGGACGACUGCAGUUCUCUCGUUACCCUUUCACUCACUGGAGCUUCUCCUUUUAUGAAGAACCAAGGGUAGAAUUUGAGGUAUAUUCAAGCUUAGGUUUACAUAUUCCACGCUUCAAUGCGAUCAUCAUUUCCCAACUACGAGGCGUCUUGAAGCGAAAGCACACGCUGCCUUAUUUCAAGUUACGGGGUCCGCCACUCAUUAAGAGGCCACUGCAUCCAGCCAACGAAGAAGGUUGUUCCGUCCCCCCUGGAAGAUUGACUGGAGAGGUUGUCAGUGGCCCCACCAGGAAUGCAGCUCUAGUUGAUGAGAUCAUGUACUGUACUGUGAUGUUGAGUGAAGUUCCUAUUAUUUGUGCAAUAGAGAAGCCAGCUGGCAUGUAUAUCAUUCUGGACAUCACUUUGAAGCGCCCGCAUGGAGCGUCAGCUGGCAUCCUAUUACAUAAUGCUGAAGAGGGAACUCAGAUGGUAGAAUCCGUUCAGCAGUCAUCGCCAGCAUAUGCAGCUGGGCUGCGCAAAAAUGAUGUGCUGUUAGCUGUCAAUGGAACUUAUCUUAGUUCUAGCCAGCAAGCAGCAAAAUUGUUUUCGUCCAGUAGCAUAAGUGGAGAUGUUGACAAUAUCACACUGCGAGUGAAGAGGAUAAUUCCAGUAGAUCAGAGGAAGAUGGUUGCUGAACAAAAACCAAUUUGUUCAGACGGUGCCUCAUCAGUUAUCGGAGAGGAGACCACAGGUAGACUUCACGUAGCCUCAGGCAACCAGACUGUUGUUGCACUUUGCACCACUAAUAUGAGUAGUUAUAAUGGAGAUAAGUCCCUUAGUGCUCGGUUAGACUCCUCAGUAAGCAGUACCUCUGGUUGUGGUUACCCUAGUGGUGGUGUAGGGGGGGGAGCAGCAUCCCAUAGCAGUGUUGUAGGUAGUAGUAGUCAUGGUGGUAGAGUUGAUGCUGACGUCAAUAACGCUACCUCCAUCGUAGGUUGUGAUGGUUUUAGUCGUGUUGAUGUUGGCAGCAGCAGUAGUCAUGGUGGUGUUGGUGGUGUCGGGAUGAGGGGCACGGAUAACCACAGUGCCUCUUGCAUUGGUAGUGUUGGUACAGGGCCCGUGACAAGCAGUACUGUCGGUGGCAGUGGUGAUGAUGAUGUUGUGCAUGGAACUUCACGUGCUGUUAGCCCUUCGCACUUGCUUGCUGGAAUUAUGGGGUCGUUCAACGGCGGCCGUCCAGCCAAGCAUCGCUCCCUCCCUGGGUCACCUGUACUCCAACGCACCAACAGGACUCGUGUUAAUUCAACACGUGAGGGUGAUGUCAGUGGGAGUGGUCGAUCUACUCCCGAUUCAAGCCACAACAGCAGCCCGGAACUGAAGCGCAAAUUGUUGGAACUUCAUACGCUCUCUAGUGACCCUAGACCAUCUACACUGAACCAAGACAGAUCCCCCAUUGCCCCAAACACAAACAGAAGUGUUCCACGCUCAGCCCUCAACAGUAACCAAGAUAAGUCUCCUGGACCUACCAAUGUCAAUCAAAACUUCUCUGGUUCGUCAGAGAAGCCCUCAUCUAAUCAGAGCAGUAAAGCAGGCACACCAACCUCCCCUGAGAUUAUCAUUCCUCAGCAGAUGGAAAGACGUCAUGGGAGAAGAUAUGGUUCAAAAUUUAGGCCACAUAUCAAGGUUGUUCAGACUCCAGCAACUGAAGGAAAUACAGAUCCAGUAUUUAACAGUGAUUUUGAGUUCUGGCUGGAAGAAGAGAACAAGUAUCUGAAUGUAGCCAUUUGGAGUAAAAGUAGCUCAUCUAAGCAAGACUGUGAUGUAGAUUGCGCGGAGAAAAACGUAGACUGUAAAUUUUUGCUGAGGGACAGAGAUAAAGAGAAGAGGAAGUUAAAAGAAGCUGAAAAAGCCAAGUUCAAGGAGGAUAAAGUUCUUGCCGACCUCACCGAAGACACCUUGGUUGGUUAUGUAAACAUCCCUAUCAUAUCCUUGAUUCCUGAAACAACACUGAACACCCAAGGGCAUGCUGUGAGGAUCCUGACUCUCAAACCACCCCAUCCCAAAUGUCCUGAAGUGAUAGGUGACCCAUUAACCCCUCAUAAAGGAUUUGAUAUGAACCUCUGCUAUGGAGAUGUUAUGUUGUCCCUCACUUACCAACCACAGGACAGAUGUGAUAUACAAAUGAAAGUGAAUCAAGACAAGGUAUCAAGCCGUCCAAUCUCAGAAGAUGAAAGCUUGACAGAUGGUACCGUAUCAGAGGAGGACGAUAGUUAUGGUAUGCAUGACAUAGUGGAGGAUCGAAUUCACGAUUUCAAGAGGACUCAUUUUAACUCUGCUGUUCAGUGUAACUUCUGCAAGAAGAAGAUCUGGCUGAAAGAUGCUUACCAGUGUGGGGAAUGUGGAAUUGUCUGUCAUAAAAAAUGCAUGGUCAGAUGUGGAGACGAGACCAUAUGUGAUAUUAGCGGAUUACGUUACAGAGAUACACCCAAGAACGACUCUCAAGAGCCCACGGAGACAAAAGACACCCCUGAAAUUAUCACAACAGCUGCAACAGGAUCGGGGGGAGACAAUUGUAGCCCCGGGAAUACGCCACCUGUGUCGCCACAUAGUCAACGGCGCACCCUGAGCAGCCUGUUAGCUCAGGUAGCGAGUGCCAGCAAAGGUAGCUUGAAACGCGCUGGCUCGGCUAAUAAUUUGGCCCCUCCAAACUCAUCUCAUGACGGGACACACUCUCGUUCACUACCCCCUUCCCCUCCUCAUUCACCCCAUCAAAGUAGAAAGGCCUCCAUAAGUGAGGGCAUCAACCCAUUUGUUGUCGAUUUCAACGAGGGUGACAGCAUUGAAUCAGUAUUAGAUCGUCUUCUCCUUUACCCUCACGACGAGAACCUUGUCACUUUAGCUCGGGAAUCUGCAAAAGACCUUUACUCAGCGUUACCAGUGGAAGAGAGGAGAGAAAAAAUAAAUUCAACGCUGAUGUUGCUUCAAGAAUCUGUGGACAGAGAAGGAGAAGUGAGGGUAGAUUUAGCACGUCAGGAACGCGAUGCUAGUGAGGCUGGUGAUGCUUUAACCCGUGCAAGUGUAGCACUUCAGAUAUCUCAGUGCGAUGCUCGUACACAAGCUCUUGCGCUGCUCACUUUGCAUUACUGUACUGCACUUCAGUACUGCUCUGAAGACGUAGAGGUUACUGAUGCCAAUCAGGAAGUGAGCCAAUAAAUGGUGAAGAACCUGCCUGUUCUAACCAAAGAAAUCUUCAGCUGUGAGAUGUGAUAGGUAUGAAAGUGUUUAAGUGAGAUGUGUCAUCUUGAGACAAGAAUUAUACUUUUUAUUCACUCUCAAGUUUCAUGGAAAGAUUUUUUUUUUUUUUAGAAUAUUAUUUCAAUAAUGUGAGUGCAUGUUAUAGGGAUGAUUUACCUUCAUUAGAUUUUGCAGAUUUAUAUCAGUGGUUUAUGUAUAUCUUCACAGCUUAAUGUCAGUUGUUACCAGUACAUUGUAAAGUUGCUCAAUACAGUACGUACUUACGGUAUGUGGGGCAUAUUCUGUUGUCAUCAUAAAGUUUGGUAAGGUAAACAUUGGAUAAAAUGGGCAGCUGAUUGUUGCUUAGUGUAGGAAAUAUCUCAGCCAGUGCUAUGGCAGGCAAUGAUUAGCUUAUUUACUAGGCCGCUAUCAACAGUACAGCUGUGAAAAAAAUAUGGUGCCUCUUAGUUAAUGGACCAUUCUUUUUUGAUGAUGGUUGAAUAUGCUUUUAUAAAUACUUCACUUUGUUUGAUAGCUGGUUUUCAGUCCAAGUGAUUUGUUUGUAUGUUUAUAAGACAAGAUAUUUCUUUGCAGUAUUAGUGUACUUAACAACAUGAACAUUUCAAAGGUUAAAGAUCUGUUAUCAGAAGAAAGAUUAACUGCAAAAAUCUGAAUUUCCUGGUGUGGAAAUAAAGGGCGCUGCUUUUACCACUACCUCCUGUUUUGAACUCAGGAGUAGAUAUUUGUUACCUUUUAUUGAAUGAUAUCAUUCUGAAUGCACUAAUACUUUUAUCCUCUUCAUGCUUCUUGACCUGCACAGUGCAUUACUGUACAGGGACACGAUUAUGAAGUGUAGUGCAGUACCAGAAUUAAUAAGAAAGUAGUUGCUUAAGGAUCUUGACUGAUUGCAGUUCAAGCCAAGCCAUCAUUCUGAUUUUAUGAAAGACCAGCAGUUGAUAGUGUAAGAACCAUUAGAAGACUAAAAAUUGGGAAUUUGGCAACUGUAGCAUGUGGCAAAAGGUAUUACAAUGAGCUUUAUAGUUACCACAUAGUUUAAGUUAAUCUAUAAAUCUUAGCAUUUUAAACUUCUGAAUAGUGUGUACUUAACAAGUCUGUGUUGCAUGUGCUGCCAACCUGUACUGCCACUUGCUUCACUGCUAAACCUUACAUUCCAAAUUCUUUAUCAGGUUCAGACAUUAAGAAGCAGGUGUAAAAUCACAAUGGAGCUUCAGUGGAACUUGAUAAGAUGAUACAGUACAUUCAGAUGUUUACAUACUCAGGUGCAAACUUGUUUUAUAUAAACUCAGCCUAGAAAAUGAAAGAUUUGGAAUGAUUGCAUAGAAUUUUCAUUGCCAACAAGUGGUGUCAGCUACUUGCCAGCAGUCAUCUUUCAGGUUAGACAGGUAAAAGACAGUUUGCCUUCAUACUUCCUGUCAGGAUUUUUUCAAGAACAUUUUCACUUUGUUCACUUCUUACUGAUUUUAUCAUAUAUUUAUACAUCAGAGAGAUAGACAGGCUGGAACUUAAGAAUGAAAAGUAUGACCUCAAUUACUCAGUUACCAGAGAGACUUUACACCUUUGGGGUAUGAGAGAUCCCCAUUUGGUGAUGAAAGACCCACAGAUCUUGUCCUCUUUGAUUUUUUUUCAUCUAUUCUUAGUAUAAAGGCUCAACCUUGUUCUACAAAAACUUUUCCUUCUAGACUACCUGUGAGACCAAAGAGAGAGAGCUAGCAGUGAAUGGUCGUAAUUACUGAUAGCAUCGUUUGUUUCUUUCAGUAUUCCCAAAAUUUUCAGUUUGAGGGCGGGUUUAUGUAAAACUAUGUUUUGUAUACUGCGAAAUGGUAAGUCUUAAAAUUUCUUGUCAUUACUCAAAGGACAGGUGCUUAUGUAAUUCCCGUCCUCAUUUAACUAAUAUUACUGUAUUUUUAAGUUCUCAAUAAGAAAAUGUAGUGCCUACUAUGUUACAUUUCUUUUAGUAUGUAAUUUUUAUCUAAAAAUUGAAAUAUUUGACUGUUCAAGAGAGGAAACCUGUUGGAGUUGGCACUAUUAUAAUGCAUUUUCUUUUUGCAGAAGCUGGAGAGUAAUUCACUCUAAUACUCAUUGAAAGGAAGUCAUGCUGUCAAUAGUAUUUGUUAAGUAGUAUGUACCUCCAAAAUGAUGAUUCUUGUAAAUAGGUUUCUUAUUUUAUGUUCAUGUAAAUCAGCAAACACUAAUGCUGAAUUUAUAAUAUAGUACUUCUAGAUAUAACCUACCAUAUGUAGUUGUUUUUAUGCUAAGUAAUAGGUACUGUAUUUCAGAACUGAUGCAGCAGUGCUCCUUUUAAAGGCAUUUUAGUGAUUUUAAGGAAUAAUAUCAGCUAAUGUGACAUACAGAGUAUAUCAUGUUAUACAAGGAUUCCUGCAAGCAUUUAGAAGCAAUCACUUCUAAAGUCUGCUGCACAAUUUUUAUGUACUUUUUUUUAUUUUUAUAGCAUUUUUAUUUUAAGGACAACAUGGACAUACCAUAGGUGUUUGCCUGGUGUUUAGUUUAUUUUGUUGAGACUGUAAAAGCAGAUUAAUGUAGUCAGCUUUGCUUUGUUGUUAUUUGCAGUCUGCUGUUUAUGUUUGUUUAUGAAGGAACUUAUUCACUUCUUUCCCAAGUUAAGAUCCUUGAUGUGGAUCAAGUGGAAAAUUUUAUGGAUUUUGCUAGUCACCAAAGAGAAGCAGAGAUGUAUCGAGGUAAAAGUCACUAUAAUAUAUAGUUGUUAAAUAUCUUUCUUACACAGGAAUAUGAUGAAGGGUAGAAAUUUAAAAUUCUACUGGAAUUUCAGUGCAAUAAUGAGAAAACUCAAGUUCCCCUGGCACUUUCUAUACUGUAUAUAAUUUCUGUAAUUAACUGUUACUUAACACAAGAAGCAUUAGAUGAUUUAGAUAUUCAGGAUUUUAUUUUUUAAUCCCUAGAGCUUGGGUCAUGACACUUACCGAUGAUAUUUACAUUUUAAUUAUCUCUUUCACCUAUUAAAAGUAGAUAUGAAUAGUUAGUUUGUGUAACUUUCCUGAGCUCUAAGACCAGCAAAAAAUACUACAGAAUAAGAUAUCUCUUCGUGCUGUUUUUAUCCCCAAAUAAAUCAACUCUGUACUACCUCCUCUUUCCAGUUUCAGAAUUUAAGAAGCCAAGUCAUAUUUGCCAGAGCUAAAUAUUUACUGCAGAAAAAAGUCCUAAGAUUGACAAUGCUUUGCAUUUUAUUCCGUAUCUUUUUAUAAGUAAUUUCAGUCCCGUCCAGACUUGAAGAAACCAAUGUUGAUGUAGACAGCAUCUUUGACAUUUACAGAUAGAAGCUGUCUCAAAUCGCUGGAUCGAAAUCUAUUUGAUUACCCCAUCUUGAGUCACUGGAGAGUAUGUAUUGUUUUUUAUUAUUUUUUAACUCCUGCUGUUACUUGGAAUAUUGCUUUCUUGAAGGCUUUCAUCAUUACUGUUUUCUUAUGCAGUUCCCUUAGAAGCUGUUUAUUGCAUUUAUACCUCUGCUCACCCUCCAGUUGAAGACAUUUGUCUUUGCUUUUUCCUAAUUUGAAAAUUUCUAAGAGAGAGCUUCUAGACAGGAACGAUGGUAGGUGGUCUUUUGGGUCUGAUUGUUUGGAGAUUAGCUAAAUAGUAUGGCAACUCUGGUUUCACCUCUGAACACUGAAAACCGUCUACUUUGUCAGUUUUCUGUAACUCUGGAAAAAGUUCCAUAUUUUGAACAUUUCGUUUAGCAUCUUUAGAGUGUAGUCAUAUUCUGAUGAUAAUUUGGGUUUCAAAUACAGAUGGUCACAGGUAUUGGGUGUCUUUUUCAACAAAGUCCACUCUUUCAUUUUCUUGGAUAACUAUUGAAGAGGCUCGGCACAGCGGAUCACAAGUUGAUGUCAUCUUAAAAAAUCAUUUUAACCAAGAAGCCCAGUUCACUUUUUAUAUAAAAAAAAGACUUAAUUGUUUUGAAAAUUUUAUCUCAAAACUUGAGUGGAAUGGCAAUGUGUACAUCAACUUUGUUCUCUAGUUAGCUUCAUGCAGUUUUAUUGUUUUUUCCUGCAAUUCAUAGUACACAUACAGUACUAAUUAUGGUCGCUGUGGUUUGUGCAAUUUGAUGGAAAUACCUAGUACAUUAGUUUUAACUCUCAUUUCCUCAAGUAUUUUACCUGUUGAGCAAUGUUUAUUCAUUAAUUAGGUUUAAUAUUUUUACAGUCCAUCAAAUACAGUAUGUACCUGUACUUGAAAAAAUAAAUGCACUCAUUCUUGUGUGCUUUAAAAGAGACAGUUCUCCAAUAUAAUCUGAAAUCUACUGAUAGUAGUUACAUUGAUUUUUAAGAGCUUUAUAUAGCCCCAGAAUGAUCUGACAAAGUACUGUAAUGCUGUCACUUGUGUUCAAAAGGCAGUAUAAAUUUAGUUUCUUUGGCCGGUCGUCUGUAAUUGCAUUUUGUAUUGGACUGAAAGGUGAAAAUGUAAACAUUUUAUAUUCAUAGAAAUGGACUAGAGUUUAAGGGUGCUGAAGAAAAACGGUUUCUUCUUAAAAAAAAAAGUGGUGGUAAGUGUUACAAUGUAGGAUGUUUCGGCUGUGCAUAAGCUAUAACCGUCUUUUUUAUAAAUUUUUAAGAAUAAGAACAAGGUCACACUAUCAAGAACCUGGAACUUUGCAAUUGACAUCUUAAUUGGAAUUAACAUUUCAACUGGACAUGAGGUUUUGUGAAGAUCACAGAAUUUCUUGAUGUUCCUAACAUCUCUUAGUUUGUGACAACGACAGUUUAUCAAGUUUAGUGGACGACCCUAAGUCGCUGAUAUUUUAAAUUAUUGAUUGAACCUGAUUUUUUUUUAGUUGGUGUCUUCCUCAGCAUCAUGUUUCUUUAUUUUAGAAAUUUACAUUAUUCAUUUUUCAAUGUAGGUAUACUACUUUUUAUUUUUUCUAUUGCAUACUACUAUAUAUGACUGCUUUCAAAUAGACUUAAAAAAAAGCCUAGUAAUAACUAAAAUAACAUUAUCAGGUAUAUUUCAUGGUCAGGUGAAACUAAUUUAAAAUUAGACUUUGCAUAACGUAGCAUCACAGUAAUAAAUUGAAAGAAUGACGUCUUUGCAAAGUUACACAAAUAAAAAUAACAUAAAGUAGAGAUGUAACAUGUUAUUUGGAGUUACAUGUAUGUACCAGUAACAUGUUUUCUUAAACGCUCACCUUGAGUGAAAUAUUUCUGCAUGUUUUAACAUUACAGUACCAUAUGGUUUCUGCAAAGAUUUUAUUAAAGUUUUGGUUACUAGCAAAUGUUGGCACUAGUACUUUUUAUUCAUAGAAUACUGAAGAAUGUCAUAGGAUUAGACAUUGUAGUUGAACUGCUAGUGAGUUGGAAAAAAUUUAGUCAGUUGUGUGCUGUAUCUGGGAGAUACGAUUGCAUGAGCGUAUAUGGUUAUUUCUAGUGUGCUGACUGCAUUGCAACCUACAUAUCUUUAUAAAAGGCUCGUAAAGGUGUAGUUACUUUAACCAUAGGUUCAUUUAUGUAUCAUUUUGUAGAGGAUGCCUGCAUCUUUUCCUUCAGUUACAAGUGGAUACAUUAUGAACAGUACUUACAUAUUAAUUUGUAAAUUAAAAUGGGAAGUCAGUCUCAAGUUGCUUGUGAAAAAGAGCUGCUUCGUUCUUGUGUAUGUUCACUGAUGUGAUUACUGAGACAUUUACACCUUUUAAACUUUUGCAUUACGUAUAGCAUUUAGCUCCAUUGUUAUUAGGUGUCCUUUUUCCUAACUGUUAAUAGCAUUACAUGUCAUUCUUGAUAAUACAAUACUUAUAAUGUAGUGAUGCCAAGAACGAAGACACAGGCAAGGCUACGGUAGUAUCUGAAAUAUUAAGACAUGUUUCGAGGAAUUUCAGGUCAUUCCAUCAGUCUUUUGCUAGCACAAAACUAGAUGUUGAAUUAUGCAUAAAAAAACAAGCAUUUUAAUAAUAUCUUGAGUCUUUAGACUAAUUCAGUGAGGAAUUUGUAGUUUUCAAACUCCAAUAGAAAACCAGUUUAGAUUAGAAGACUUUACUGAUAUCUAUUGCUAAAGUAGCCUCAGCCUUGGUAUAUUUCUUGGAGUAAAUGUCCAUUUGCUCUCACUUGCCUAGUGUUGUUGUUGCCUUUCAAUAAAGAUAACAAAUUAACUGGGCAAAAAUGUUACCAUAUUCUAGGAUUCCAUUGUUAUGUGCUGUCGAAGAAGUUAUGUUAGAAGCCUCACUUGGCAAAGAAGACCAAACGUGUUCAAUAUUUUGAGAGAUCGCCCGACUUGAAGGCUCUACCUAAGACGUACGUGUCGGUCACUACAUUUAAAACUCUUCUCCACCUAAAUUCUGAACUUAUCAUGUGAACACUUUUGAGAAGUACUGUAGAUCUGAGCAUUUCUAAUUCAAGUCUUACCUGAUGACUCAUUUCUCUCUCUCUCUCUCUCUCUCUCUCUCUCUCUCUCUCUCUCUCUCUCUCUCUCUCUCUCUCUCUCUCUCUCUCUCUCUCUCUGAUAAAAUAAAAA